AUGGGUGCCUUGAAGCAUAUUCUGCGCUACUUACAGGGUACAUUGUCUUAUGGUUUGCAUCUGUAUAAGUCUUCUCGUGACAGGCUGGUUUCUUAUACUGAUGCGGAUUGGGGGGGAUGCCCCGACACCAGGCGAUCUACUUCUGGUUAUUGUGUAUUUUUAGGGGAUAAUUUGAUUUCUUGGUCUUCUAAACGGCAGCCCACAUUGUCUAAGUCUAGUGCGGAGGCCGAGUAUCGCGGGGUUGCUAAUGUGGUUUAUGAUUCUUGUUGGAUCAGAAAUUUGUUGCUUGAGCUUUUCUUACCUAUUCGUAAAGCAACUAUUGUUUAUUGUGACAAUGUGAGUGCCAUCUACCUCUCUGAUAUUUUUACGAAGGGACUUCCACGAGUUUUGUUUGAUGACUUUCGUGCCAAUCUUAGCGUCUGGGACACCGCGCAACAGGUUUGGGAUAAGAUCAAGAACAUAUUCCAGGAUAACAAGGCUACACGGGCUCUCUACUUGGAAUCUCAGUUCAACGAUCUUCACCUCAGUGCUUUCCUUGAUGUUUCGGCGUAUUGCAAGCAACUCAAGUCCUUGAAGGAUCAGCUAGCUAAUGUCGAUCACCCAAUCUCGGAAAGAAAACUCGUCCUCAAAUUGAUUGGUGGUCUUCACAGCACCGAUUUCGAUACGGUGGUCGCAAUCUUGGCUCAGACGGAACCUCUUCCGUCCUUUGAAACCGCGCGAUCCAAAUUACUACUCGAGGAGACUCGUUGUAAUAACGAAAAACCGUCACAAGGGUCGUCGUUUGUUGCACAGCAAACAAACUCCACGCCAAUCCCUAAUAAUACGUCACAAAAUCGACCACCAGCUCCGGGCGGUGGCGGCAGGGGAGGCGGAAGAGGGCGCGGCCGCGGCGGAAAGUCUGGUGGUGGCAAGAACGGUGGCGGAAGGGGGCGUGGCCGUGGCAACAGCCAACCUUCGCAACAACAACAAGCUCCACCUUCAAAUAAUAGUGGCUGGGCACAACAACAACAAGGCCCAAUUUAG